AGAAGUUUGGAGGGCUAGUUAUUUUAUACAUAUUUUUAACAAAAUGAAAUAAUUUAUGAGAAGUGUCACGCACACACUGUUACAGUGUGUUUAGCUGUAAACGUGCUACUAUUUCCUGACGUUUGUCUGAGAAAGUUACAAUUCGUGCCCUGCCCAGCAGCCGCCAAAGUUAAUUUGUAGCCAAAGUUACUAACUACUGUGUCUUGAGCCCUGAUUUGGGGGUCCGGCUGCCCAAAAGCUGCUUUCUUCCGUUUUCCAUGUCAUUUCCUGUAAUAAUAAGAUGGUGGUCAAAGCUGGAAGAGCAGCUGCGAGUCUGUGACACACAAUUUUUUUUUUUAUUUUUUUUUUCCUCUCCUAGCAAUGUGAAACUUUUGCCUGGCCUGGGGGACUAGUGGAAGCCAAGCGGGACCACGGCAGCCAAGGCAGGAAGACAUACCGGCAGCUGGAUAGUGGCCCAGGGAAUUCCUAAAAAUCCACGCCGGAGCGGGAAAAACCGUAGUCGACCGGGGCUGAGAGAUUCCAGGGAAGUGUAUUGGCAGUUUGCUGAGCUUAAAAGAAAUGGAGAAGGAUCGCUGUUUAACAGAUGCAGUAGCUUGGAGGUCAGUAGAUGGACGUGGAUGCGUUGUAGGACUUGAAAACCUUGGUGGCUGGUCAGUGCAGUGAUUUGGCAGAAUACAAUGAAUGAGAAUGCAACAGAUCCCAAGCCGCUGCAAAUGUCAAAUUCCACAGUGGACAGAGGUAUAAAGAGAGAGCUGUCACCAGACGGACAUAAUGCUGAAUACAGUCAACAGGGCUGCGGACCUAAAGAGCCUCAUCCAAAUGAAGUAGAACCAAAGAGACUAAAGGAGACCCUCGUCGUAAAUACUUACCAUCAUGUUGACUUCUGGUUUUGUGAGACCUGCCAAGAGUACUUCAUUGAUGAAUGUCCGGCUCAUGGACUCCCAGUGUUUGUACCAGAUACCCCUGUAGCUGUGGGAGUGCCUGAUAGGGCAGCAAAGUCCAUUCCUUCAGGGUUAGAAGUGGUGAGGGAACCAGGUGGUAAAGUUGAUGUCCGAUGUAUUCUUGAAGUCAUCCCCAAAGGUCGGAUAUUUGGACCAUAUGAAGGCCAGACAUCUACACAGGAUAAAUCAACUGGGUUUUUCUCUUGGCUGAUUGUGGAUAAGAACAAUCGUUAUAUGUCCAUUGAUGGAACAGAUGAAACAAAAGCAAACUGGAUGCGGUAUGUAAUAAUAUCACGGGAGGAAAGGGAACAAAAUCUGAUGGCCUUCCAGCACAGUGAUAAGAUAUAUUUCCGGACGUGUCGUGAUGUUCAGCCUGGAGAGAGGCUGCGCAUCUGGUAUAGUGAUGACUAUAUGAAGAGGCUACAUAGCAUGUCCCAGGAGACUAUUGCAAGAAAUUUAACUGGAGGAAUCUUGAAACUUCAAAAAGAAAAAUCUGAGAAAGUACAUGAAAAUAAAGAGGAUAACAGAGGAUUCCCCCAGCAAAAUACAUUGAAACUUGGAAAGAGUCCUUACAAACGCAUCAGUGAUGAGGGGGAAGGCCAUGCACAGCCGAAGAAGAAGAAAAUAGACCUCAUUUUCAAGGAUGUCCUUGAGGCUUCUUUAGAAUCUGCUAAAAUGGAUGAGCAUCGUCUUGCAACCAGUAGCCCUUUCCCUUUCAAAAAGGCAUACAAACAGUUGGAUGAAGAAGAACAUGAGAGGUCUAGUGUAGGUACCCUUUAUGGCUCCUCUUUCUACAGAAAAGUCAGAGGUGAAGUCGAACAGACAUCUUGUCUAAGUUCUUUCACUCCAUCAAAAGGGCUAGGCUUUGAAGAAGGUAAGGACCACAAUUCAGUGUCUGUGAAGGUGGAAACUCCGGAAGACCUGGCCUUGGUUUCAGAUGACUUAGAUGAAAUCCCAACCACAUCUUUCUGCCCUAAUUGUAUAAGGCUGAAAAAGAAGAUACGUGAGCUUCAAGCAGAACUCCUCAGGCUGAAGUCUGAGCAGGACCCUCAGCCCAUAAAACCUACACUGGUACCUGAUCAUGAGCUGGCUGAGCCCCCAGUUGCUGAAGCUAAUGCAGCUGUCUCAAACCUCAUGGAAGAUGAGGAUCAGGAAGAUUCUGCUGAUGAAUCCAUGUCGAAUGAGAUGAUCGCUGCCACUGAUGAGACUUCCAAGAUGUCUGCGGUGAGUGCUAGGAGAAUUCGGCGCUUCAAACAAGAAUGGCUAAAGAAGUUCUGGUUCCUUCGCUACUCACCUACCCUGAAUGAGAUGUGGUGCCACGUCUGUAGACAGUACACAGUCCAGUCUUCAAGGACCUCUGCUUUCAUCAUUGGCUCAAAACAGUUCAAGAUUCAUACCAUUAAGCUGCAUAGCCAGAGCAACCUCCACAAAAAGUGCCUGCAGCUGUACAAACUCCGAAUGCAUCCAGAAAAAACAGAAGAGAUGUGCCGGAACAUGACCCUGCUGUUUAACACUGCAUUUCAUUUGGCCCUCGAAGGAAGACCUUACUCAGACUUCAGGCCUCUUGCAGAAUUGCUGAGGAAGUGUGAGCUGAAGGUUGUUGACCAGUACAUGAAUGAAGGAGACUGUCAGAUCUUGAUCCAUCACAUUGCAAGGGCACUGCGGGAGGACCUUUUUGAAAGGAUGAGACAGUCUCCAUUUCUCAGUAUUAUUCUGGAUGGCCAAACUGAUGAUUUGCUUGCUGACACUGUUGCAGUUUAUGUACAGUAUGCAACUAGUGAUGGACCUCCAGCGACUGAGUUCCUUUCCCUUCAGGAGCUUGGUUUUGCUACUACAGAUAAUUACCUCCAAGCAAUUGAUCGAGCUUUUACUGUUUUGGGAAUACAGUUUCAGGAUAUGAAGUCAGUUGUUGGACUAGGAGUUGAUGGUGCUAACAUUACUGCUGGACUGAGAGCCAAUUUGUAUAUGACAGUCAGGAAGACACUUCCUUGGUUACUUUGCUUACCUUUCAUAGUGCAUAGGCCCCAUUUGGAAGUUUUAGAUGCCAUAAGUGGAAAAGAACUUCCAUGUUUGGAAGAACUGGAAAGCAAUUUAAAGCAGCUGCUAAGUUUUUAUCGUUAUUCUCCGAGAUUAAUGUGUGAGCUUAGGGGCACUGCUGGAACGCUUUGCGAAGAGACUGAAUUUUUAGGUGACAUUCGAGCUGUGAAAUGGAUCAUUGGUGAACAAAAUGUUCUGAAUGCAUUAAUCAAGGACUAUAGUGAAGUGGUAACGCAUCUUAAGGAUGUUAGCGGCCAGACCCAAAGAGCCGAUGCAGCUGCUAUUGCUUUGGCUCUUCUCCAGUUCCUUUUGGAUUACCAGUCCGUUAAGCUAAUCUAUUUUUUGUUAGAUGUCAUUGCUGUUUUGUCUCGUCUUGCAUAUAUUUUCCAAGGUGAAUACCUUCUUGUCUCUCAAGUGGAUGACAGGGUAGAGGAGAGCAUUCAAGAAAUAAGCAGACUUGCCGAUUCCCCUGGUGAGUACUUGCAAGAGUUUGAAGAGAAUUUUCGUGAAAGCUUCAAUGGUGUGGCCUUGAAAAACCUGCGAGUAGCUGAAGCCAAGUUUCAGUCUAUCAGAGAGAAGAUUUGCCAGAAGACCCAGGUCAUCUUGGCACAGCGAUUUGAUGCUAGAAGUCGGUCUGUUGUAAAGGCAUGCCAAAUGUUUGAACUCAAUGCUUGGCCUAGGAAUACUGAUGACCUUAUGAGCUAUGGUGAAGAAGACCUCAUGGUUAUCUAUGAGCACUUUGAGACAAAUCCUUCUUUCACAAGAGAAAUAUGUAGAGAAGGAGUUGAUACUAGAGCUAAUUUAUUGAUGGAGUGGCGAGAGAUUAAAUCUGACUAUUACAGUAAGAAUGGAUUUAAAGACUUGAUUGGGCAUAUCUGUAAAUAUAAACAGCGACUCCCUGUAUUAAACAAGAUUAUUCAGGUUAUAAAGGUCUUUCCCACUUCUACACUUUGCUGUGAGAGAGGCCGCAAUGCCCUUCAGAGGGUUCGCAAGAACAAUCGUUCUCGUUUAACCCUGGAUCAGCUAAAUGACCUUCUUACAAUAGCAAUUAAUGGCCCUCCUAUUGCUAGCUUUGAUGCCAAAAGGUCACUGGAUAGCUGGUUUGAGGAAAAAUCUGGAAAUAGCUAUGCACUGUCAGCAGAAAUGCUGAACAGAAUGAAUGCACUUGACCAGAAGUCUGGGUUACAGGGAAUGGACAUUUCAGGUGACUAUUACCCAGACAUGUAACAAGGAAUAUCUGAUAUUCCAUCACCCGUAAGACCCAGGCAGUCUAACUUGGUAAAGGUGGAAGGGUGGAGGGGGUCAGCUGAUAUUAAGUAAAUUGUAGAUCAAAAGGUAACAAUUACCUGCUAGUUGUCUAUAACUGGUUAUAUUGCCAAAUUAUAAAUGGUUUAGGUCAUUCCAUCUACAGAAAAGCUGGGGGUACCAUACCAUUUAAAUACAUUCGGGCUUUAAAAGCAGCAAAAUAAACCACACCAUUGGAACUCUGAUUCUCAUCUCCCACUGCAAAUAUGUUAUAACUUUCUUUUUGUAAUAUUAAGUUACAUUGUUAUCGUAGGCAUUUUUUUAUCCUUUCAAGAGCUUCACAUUGCAUAUUUUUAUUUUGUAGGGUGUGUUUUUGGAUAAAUUGUGUAUUGUAUAUUUGUACUAAACAGUUCUGCCAAACUGUGACCUCCUCCACCACCCACCUCUCUUUAUUUUUGUUUCUGUUUCUUGUACAGAAUUAUUGACAGUGUAGAACGGAGGCAAA